UCCAUUUUCGUUACUAAGACAACGGAUUCAUAAUGAGAUCAAUACAUUGUGAUAACGUAUUUAUUAAUUUUCUCUCAAGAAAUUAUAAUUUGCAAUGUGCAUACUUCCGUCGACCCCAAGCAUUUUAAUUGCUCUGGUUCGGUGGUUCGAUUUCAUGGUGGAUUAUUUUAGGCCGAGGCGUGUAAUUGCCCAUGGGUAAGGACCGGGAGCAGACACUAACUGUACAAGAAGUUAGCUAUGGAGACGGAAUCCGUGAGAUCGGAGCUGAGCAGUCGGUCGCGGCGCAGCUCCCGGCACCGCCAGCACACUCACAGGAGCACUCGAAGCACUAAAUCUCAAAGGAAAGAGUGUGGAGACAACACAAUGGCGCCAUUUCAAACCAGUGUUAACAUUAAUCCAGAGAUCUGUCGAGAUGGGCAGGAGGUCAUCGAAGUCCAGAUCCUGCCUCAGGAUGAGAACUGGGGCGAGAAUACCACAGCUGUCACUGGGAACACAUCAGAAGGCUCACAGUCCACGGAGGAUGUGAGCAACUGGCCCAUGGAGUCCGACAGUGGGAUAGGAAUUGUUUGUUCCAGAUAUUUUGGAACAACAAUAGCUUUAGGAUUAUCUUUUGUCUCAUUUGUGAGUCCAUUGGCGAUGGUUGUGUUGCCGAAAAUUGGGUUUUUCCCUGGAUUGAGUGACAACAUAGCCAUCCAAACUAGCCAAAGGAUACAACUGUUGUCUUGCACAGCUGAAUGUAAAGGAAUUCUACUUUCUUUAGCAUUUAAAUUAGUUUUAUUAGCAAUAGGAGCUUGGGCGGUGUUCCUCAGGCCGCGCAAUGCUAUCUUACCCAGGAUAUUUGUGUUCAGGGCUAUGACCCUCGUCAUCCUGGCCGUGUGCACAUUCUCCUACUGGCUGUUCUACAUUGUGCAGAUCACUGAGGCCACAAAGGCAUUAGCCCUCGGGGAGGAAGCCAUAGAUUACAAUUCAUUAGUUUCCUAUGUAUCGAGUUUUGCAGAUACAUUGCUAUUCAUACAUUACAUAGCAGUAAUUUUAAUAGAGGUGAGGCAUCAGGAGCCGGCCUACUAUAUCAAGAUCGUACGCAGCCCCGACGGGGAGAGCCGGUCGUACGCAAUAGGGCAGCUGAGCAUUCAGAGAGCCGCCGUGUGGGUGCUGCAAAAGUAUUACACAGAGUUCCCCAUAUACAAUCCGUAUUUGGAGAAAAUUCCAAUAUCAAAGUCCCAAAGAAAAGCUCAGUCCAGUAUCAAGUUCUACGAAGUGGACGGCUCCACUGCGAAUACUCCAUCUGGGCAGCCGCGUUCGACGACCGGCUCGUGCACGGGCAGCGGCGGGCGGCGGCGCGACUCCGCCUCCGCGCACAACGAGCGCUACUACGAGGAGGCGGAGCGCGCGCGUCGCGUGCGCAAGCGCCGCGCGCGCCUGCUCACCGCCACCGAGGACGCCUUCGCGCACGUGCGCCGCGUGCGCGUCUCCGCCGGGCUCGGGGGCUCGCUGGGGCCGCGCGAGGCGGCGCAGGCGGUGUUCCCGUCGCUGGCGCGCGCGCUGCAGAAGUACCUGCGCGCCACGCGCCAGCAGCCGCGCCACUCCGCGGACUCGGUGCUGGCGCAGCUGGCGCGCUGCCUGGCGCAGGACGCGUCGCCGCGCGCGUUCCUGGAGCCGUUCCUGGUGGAGGGCCCGGUGGUGUCGGCGGAGCGCGAGGCGCGCGCGCAGCAGCGCUGGGCGCUGGUGUCGGAGGAGGUGCCGGCGCGGCCGCUGGCGGACGGGGUGGAGUUCCAGCUGCGGCAGGGCGACGUGUCGCUGCUGUGCUGCGUGCGCCGCCUGCCGCGCUUCGCCCUGGAGGAGGAGGUGGUGGACCCCAAGAGCAACCGCUUCGUGUUGCGGCUCAACUCGGAGACCUCCGUCUGACAGGAGGAGUGGUCGGCGCGCAGCGACCUGCGCCUCGUGUGACGCGAUACUUGUCCCGAGACAUUGCCGAGUAUCUCGGAGUGUGUACAGUGCAGUGCCGCAUCAAAUGGAUAGAUAGAACUAAAAGUGAAUUAGUCUGUAUGUAGAAAUGUGAACUGUGCAUAGUUUUGAACAGUGUUGUGAAUCUCAGUAUAUAUUGUAUGUGAGAUCUUAAAGACUGUUGCAUUUAACUUUGAUAUGUAACUAUUGUUACAUGUAUUUUGUGAAUGUGUCAUACUUCAGGUAAAGAGUAAUGUUAGUUUUGUAAUUUGCACAAAUUUUACAACAUUACUAUAAAAUUUACAUAAUAAUAAAUACUGUUAUAAUUUUAUACAUCUUAGUUAACAUUGAUUUGUCUGUAAUCCAAAAAUCUUUUUGCACAAGUUUUAUGUAUUCACUGACAAAAGGGACAUAAUUAUUUUGUAUAGUUUGAUAUAUUGAAAAGUAAUUAGGUGCUUGAAUGCUUAGAUGUUGAACGGUAAACAAGUUUUAAGUAUAUUCUUGUUGAUGAAGUAAUGCAUGUUUCAACAAAGACAAGCUGCAUAUGUUUUAAUAAAAACCUUGCCUUGUCAAUGUGCAGCUGAACAAUUAUAAAAGCAUUUCCUUACUCUAUCAUAUCAUAGCAUAAAUAUUUAUUACUAGAAAAAUAGUGAUGACUAAUUUUGUGGGCCUUAUUGUAAUGUAGGUAGGCAGUAGCCAGUAGGCAGUGGGCACUGUAUUAUUACAGAAGACGGUAAUAUUAUCCAUACCUAUAUUUUAAUAGAAACAAGCAAUUAUUAUUAAUAAAAUAUACAAACUACUUAAAUGAUUGUAGGUAUUAAUAAUUCCAGCAUUGUCAUACAUUUUAUUGGGACUAGAGCGGCAGGUGGGCGCAGGUUAAAUAAAGCACUAUGAUUGUAUUAAACAGUUUGUUAAAGGUACAAGUAGACAAUACAAAACAAAUGUUUUGUUAUUGUAUGGCGAGAGCGCGAGCGAGCAAGGUGUGCGCACAAUGUAGCAGCGAGCAGCGCGGCGCGGCACUUGCGGUUUUGUACAUCAUGCUUGCGUUUUCUACUUGUAUUAUGACUAGAAAUUGUAUACUAUUCCUAGGAUAUGUAUAUAAUUCUAAACCGAAAUGUACACGGAUUUCAUACAUAUCCGAUAAUAUUGAUAAAAUUUAUUAGAUAUAUACAGAUACUGCCUUAUACAUAAUUACAGAGUUGUUGUAAUUGUGAACGCUUUAAUGAAUGAAUCUCAUAACCAUUAUUAGAUUUAAAUGAACAUGACAAUGUUAAUGUAAUGUAUGUAUUGGUGGUGAAGUGUGCGUGUGUGUGUGUGUGUGACGUCACAGACUGAGGUACAGCUUCGUGUCCAAGUUUAGAUUUAAACUUUAUAUAGACAAAAUACUAUAUGGCACCAAGACUGAUUUUUUUUCAAGGUUUUGGUACAAUUACGAGUUUUUAUAAAAUGUUGCAACUAGUCAGUGAAGACUACAAAGUGUAUGGGGACCGAUUGCAAUUUAAACAUAGGUAGCAUUGACAAAAAAAUUAUUGACAAGAUUUUUUUUACGUACUUUGUUAACACAUUGUCAUCGCUGAUGUUUUUUUAUUUCUUAAUAAAGUAAGCUUAUAUAUUGCCUUUGAAAAUAUUUUAGUUUAUAUAGAUUUUUUAAGAUUAAAAAUUGUAUCAAUUUAUAUUGUAUUGAAUUUUUUUUUAUAAUGAUUCCACUCUCAACAUUUGAUACCUCUUUGGAAACUAUAAGAUAUAUGAAUAGUAUAGUAACUAAUUCGCUAGUUCUACGUGAACAUAUUUAUAUUUAAUAUUGAUGCAGAGUUUGGAGCUUAGCAUUGCUUGUGUCUGCUAUAUCAGAACUUUGUUGUGUGUCAAUAAACGCGAUUUCAACCAUUCCUUCUGACAUCACUCUAGUUCGUCAUAUCUGAAACAUUUUUUAGAUAAGCCUUUACGACUUCUACAAAAUGAUAAAGAAACAAUGUUAUAUUAUAUUUAUAAAAGUUUAUUUAUUAAUAACUGUACAUUUUUAAAGGUUUUAAUCCUGUCAACAAACAAUUUGUAUGAAUAAAGCGCACAAAGUUAGCCGGAGAGCGGCGCCGAGCGGCGCCAAGCGGCGCGCACGCUUGUACGCGAACACACAUUUUGUAUUUUACAAAUAUAUAAACUAAACAUUGA